AGUUUAUGAUCCGAAGCCGUUUCUAUAAAAUUUCUCGAACGCUUUAUCUUGGACCCGAACUCAUCCUUCCGCCUUAAUCCCUCAGCUUUUCACCCGAGGGUAUGAAAAACGUUCUCUUGACCACUUCUCUUCUUUGGCAGUCUGUCUCAGCCUUUGUUCCAUCCUUAAAGCCUUUCUUUGGAACCUUGCAAGCUGUGCCUUUGUGCAUUGCGCCCCUUCACCUGAGCGCCAUAACGCAUGAGCCCUCUUUAAAGGAUCAGAAUCCUUUGCCACCACUGACUCCGAGCGAAUUUGUGGAAUAUAUGUUAAUGUCUUUGCGCUCUGGCAAGGGUUAUCAAAUGCUCUUGGACUUUUCCACACAUGGUUGGCGCUCCAAGAUAUAUGAUGCGGUCGGUGCUCCAGCUUCGGCUGAUGAGCGUUCUGUCCGCUCGGCAUUGAAGGUGGCCAUGACUAAGCCCCAUAAUCAAUUUGCAAUUCUUGUUGAAGGGGAGGACUUCGAAAUAUCAUUCCCCAGCGAUCCAGUAGAUUACGACGACGGGACGUGUUGGGUGGAGUGUCGCCUUCGGGCAUCCGAUGAUGAGCUUUUGGUUGCCAUGGGCUGUCAAUUACAGCAACGACAAACGGAUGGCGCUUGGCUGAUUUCCUCUAUUGACUGGCAAGAUUUUCGCGAGCCGUUUUAUCCUGGAGUCGGUCGGGAAGAGUGGACGCGACUGUUUUAAAGUCGGUAAAGGAUGUAGAUAUGCUUUAUGCAUUCACUGCCGUAUACUACAUCAUUCAUUGCGUUUGUAUUGCAAUACAGCAAUAGAAUAUCUGCUAUCGAUUUUUUGCGUCGGUAUAAGCUGCUUGUAGCCUUUAUGUAAAACAUUUUCUUUAGCUCCUGUG